GGAUGUUUUCCUAUGGGUGUAAUAGUAGCAGUUUCUUAAUAAACUGGGAACUCCUGGCGUGACCGGUUGUUUGUUUCAGGCAGGCUGGGAAUUAGAUCCAUCCCAAAUUAUGUUUUCUUGAUUCUGUUAUUACAUGUUGGUCCUGGUUGUAUGUGAUUACUGGUGGAGACUGCAGCCCUGUGCUCUGGCCUAAGGUGGGAUACAAGGAGAACACUGAAGUUAAUUCAUUAAAAUGUGUACCACCAUACUGCAUUGAUUUAUAACAACCUGCACCGUGUUAAUGAAGAACUUGCAACCUGACACCCCCUGAGGCGCAAUGCACUGGUCACUGGAAGAGUCCAUUCAUAGCGAGAGAAACAUGAACACGUUGGUGCAGCGUAAGAUCCAAGCAGUGUAAGCGUGAGCAAUCAGUACUAAUUCCACUCAUGUUUCUCUCAUUUCAUAAAUUAUGAUUGCAAUCAAGCCAUAGAUAAGCUGCCAUCACGCAGUGUUUGUGACAGAAGUGAUCGCCGCAUUGUCUUUUCGUCAUCCUGUGUCGGUUGUGACAGGAGUGACUGACUGAAGCAUCAGCAGACAAUAACAUACACAGAAAGCCACAGCUGCUUGACUUCUCCCUAACAAGGAUGUCAUCUGAAGGAGACAGUAGCACUCACAGUGGUUCUCUGGAUUCUUUGCCCAACAUAUUAGAAACUGAUACAGCGCAGGAUGAUAUAACAGAACCACAGAUUGGUCCAAUGCAGAUCUCGCCCGAAGAAAACAUCCCGUCUGCGAGCGGGGAACGACAGACCUGCUCUGGUUGUAAAAGAAAGAUAACUGACCGCUACUUACUGAAAGCUUUAGACCAGUAUUGGCAUGAAGACUGUUUGAAGUGUUCGUGUUGUGACUGCAGACUGGGAGAGGUGGGGUCCACUUUGUUUACAAAAGCCAAUCUUUUGUUAUGUCGGAGAGACUAUUUGAGGUUGUUUGGCACCACGGGGUAUUGUUCCGCAUGUGCGAAGAUGAUUCCAGCGUUUGAGAUGGUGAUGCGAGCCAAGGGCAAUGUGUACCACCUCGAGUGUUUUGCUUGCCAAACUUGCAAUCACAGGUUCUGCGUGGGAGACAAGUUCUACUUGUGUGAUAACAAAAUCUUGUGUGAAUAUGACUAUGAAGAGAGGAUGAUGUUCGCAAGCCUAUCCUACAACUAUAACGCUUUGUCCCAGAUAAAACAACAGACCUAUAGACUGAAUGGCAGCAUAAGCGAUGAUGUGUCCAGUGGAUAUGGCAGUCCAAGUCCUAACUCCAUGUAGUAACACGUGAGGGGGGGGGUUCACCCUGAGAAUCCAGUGCAAUGUUUGGCCAUCUCAUCGUGGUACUAUCCAGGUGCAAUGCAGUGGUAUCAGUGGACCAAGACUCUGGUGCUCACUGAGCAACAGGGGGGAUAUCCCAGGCUUUUUUUUUUACAUUCUACAAGUAACUAACUACAAAUGAGCACAGGUAUUAAAUGUCUGCGACAAAUUAAGAAACUAGUUCAUGCAGAUGGUUUUGGCAAGUGAAAGACAGAAUUCCUACAAAAUAUUAUUUUAAGAUAAUAGGCCCACCAAAAGGGGUUUCUUUAUAGAAUAUUUUUAAAAUAGUUUUGGGAAUAAGGCACCCAGAACCCCUUAUAUGAUGCAUUGUGUGUGUCAACAAAGGAAGCAUGCGCAAAUAUGGCUUUUUAAAAUAAGUUUAUGAAAGCAGAAGCCUCAAAAGAUGGAUUUAUCUUGAUAAAUCUUCAAGAAUAAUAAAAUAUUAAUUUGAAAUAUUUUAAAUGGCGCAAACAUUUGAAGCCUGUGCUCAACAAAUUUAGGCGAUGGAUGGUACAAUAGGGGCUUGGGACUCUGUCAGACAUUUCAAGGAAGACCGACAAAUCAGCACUGCCUUUAUGUUAGUUCAUGAAUGUAUAGCUCCAAAGAUGUUCUCCAGUUUUGUUGAGUAUGGAGUUUAAAUAGUUAAAUCUUGGUAUGAUGAUCUUUAAUUUGUAUAAACCCAUCUUCACUGCAAAAGGAUCAAUAUUGUGAAUGUAACAUGUUGAGAUGUACUUUGGUCUGGAAACCAAGAAUUUUGACUUAAGAUUUCAUGUCCUUAGACUUAAUUGUCAGUCUUAUUAUGAUACAGACAGAUUUAAUUAACAAACUGUUCUGCAGAGUUGCAGUCAUCAAACACUUUCGCAGAAGCCAUCCUCUCUGUUAUGAGCAGAAAGAUUAAUGGGUAUAUUUCAUGAGGCAUGGUGUUCAGUGGCUCCUGUAAUGACGGAAUGAAAAGGCUCUCUGCAGACUAGCUGGCUGGUUGAGCAGACUGGGCAAAGGAAAUGUGAAUUUGAACAAGAAAUGGAUAGCUAGAUUAUAGAUAUAUUUGGUUCCGAUUUCUGCGUUGUACAGAGAACAAGGCUGUUGAGCAAAAUUAAAACAGCAGCGGGUAUUUGGAUCUGAGAUUCUUUUAUCACUUAUUAAAUAGCAUAAAACAUUGAAAGUAUGGUUUCACAUUGUCUUGCUGUAAUAUUAUGAAGAAUUAAUCAUUGGUUCAUAGUCUUUGUAGGGGUCAGCAUUUUUAUUUUUAACUUGUAUAUUAUUGUAACAUUAUCCUUGUUAUUAAUAUACAGUUUCAAAAAAUAAUCCUCUUGCUUCACUGGAAGGGAUAUUUGCAUAUUUCAUCACAACUUCACUAUUUUUGAUACAGAUUAUGGUGCUAUUAGUCUGUUAUCUUUAUUAUUUUUCAAGAAACACCUUUGUAAAUACUUCAAUAUAAGUGAGAGAAAUAUAUUUAUUCACUUUAUAGUGACCUGUGUAAACUUGUAUCAUAUAUAGCUGUUAUAAAAUUUCAAGCUAAGAUUUGAUUUUCAAAGUUUCAACUUUAAAUAUUAUGUUACUAUUUUAAUGAAGCACUAGUGACAUCAAUUUUGUAUUCUACAAGCUACUGUAAGAUGUGUUCCAGGUGUUCAUAGAACUGGUUUUAGUAUACUGGCUAAAUUAGCACACCCAACACAGCUGUGUGUUUUAAUUUAAAAGGAUGAUACCUUCACCAUAAUUAUACAUUAUUAAUGAAGAAAUUUUACAUAAUUAUGCUUUUACCCCCACAUUAAGUGAAUCAUAUGUUGAAUGGGAUCGUUUGUGCAUGAUUCAACUGGUGGCACAUUUCUUUCAAAAAUAGUGACAUAUUUUCUUGUUUUCUUGUUGAAAACACAUGCGACAGAUUCAUUUGGCUACUGCAAUGCAUUUACAUUUUUGUUAAGAAAUUAGUCUGCAAGGCAUCACAAUAUCAUCUUAGUCACUGCCCAAAGGAAGAAUUCCACAUGAGCACUAACAGCAAUGACAUUAAUAAGCUAACUUUGGCAAGCAAGGAAAAAUUGCCAGAGAUUUGCUAAGUAUCACUGAAGCACCACUUUCCCAUAUAAAUUAUUGUGAUUAUUGCACCUUCUUGGUGUCUUUAUUAUGUUGUGUUACUAACUUUGAACUUUAUUGUAAACACGAAAUCAGGGAACCUCGUAGCCCUCCAUGAUAUUUAUAAUAUAAUGGCCAAUAUAUGAUAUGUUUAUUCAACACAUUGCUGGUUCUUUAUAGUCACUGGAUUUUGUGAUUGAAGAACAAAUGUUAGCUGUGCCAGCUUGGAGGAGAAUGGAAUUGUGUUAGCUGUACCAGCGGAGGAGAAUAGAAUUGUGUUGGCUGUGCCCCCGUAGAGGAGAAUUGUGUUGAUAUAGAGCUUGUUGCAGCAACCUGGAUUCAGCAGGUCAGGACGACAGUUUGUGCAUUUUUUUCCAUCUUUGUUGUACAUACUUAAAUAUAUGAAAAUAAAAAAAAUGUCAAAUAUU